AUGAAAGAUAAUAAAACUGAAUAUUAUGAUUUUUCAAUCGAUGUUUUGAAUUCAGCAGAAACACCAAAUAUCCAAACAAGAACAUCAUGUUUAAAUAGUCGAAAAAGGAAAUUAAUGUUCGGUAUUACAUUUAUUGGUAUAGUUAUUAUCAUAACUAUAGUAGUCAUUUUGGUUUUAACAGUUUUUCUUAAAAAGAAAAGUGAAGGUACAACAAUAACGACAACAACGACAACAACGACAACAGCAACAACGACAACAACGACAACAGCAACAACGACAACAGCAACAACGACAACAACAGCAACAACGACAACAAUAACAACAACAACAACAACAACAACAGCAACAACGGCGACAACAAUAGCAAUAACAACGACAAAAUAUCCACCGGAAUCUGAUAAAUGGAAACGAUCGGGGAAAACCGUCGCGGGAGGAAACAGUGAUGGAUAUAAAUUAAAUCAGCUUUCCGAUCCUUCUUCAAUUUAUAUUGACAAAAAUCAAAGUAUUUUUAUUGUUGAUUUCAGUAAUUAUCGUAUUGUUCAAUGGAAAAGAAAUGAAAAUCAAGGCAAAAUUGUUGCAGGUGGAAAUGGAAAAGGAAAUAGAAUUGAUCAAUUGAAUGAACCAACAGAUGUGAUUGUUGAUGAAGAAAGUAAUUCAUUGAUCAUUACUGAUCGAGGAAAUAAACGAGUGAUUCGAUGGUUAUUGAAUCAAAAUCAACAAGAAAUUCUCAUUCAAAAUUUUGCAUGUUGUGGUUUAAAAAUAGAUAAAUAUGGAUUUCUUUAUGUUUGUGGUUCGACGGAAAAUGAAGUGAGAAGAUGGAAAAUGGGAGAUGUGAAAGGAACAGAAGGAACAUUAGUUGCUGGUGGAAAUGGAGGAGGAAAUCAACUUAAUCAAUUCCAAUUACCUCACUUUAUCUUUGUUGAUGAUGAACAAUCGAUUUAUGUUUCAGAUUUUUGGAAUCAUCGUGUAAUGAAAUGGAGAAAAGAUGCGAAAGAAGGUAUUGUUGUUGCUGGUGGAAAUGGAAGAGGAAAUCAACUUAAUCAAUUGAGCCAUUCUCACGGAAUAAUUGUUGAUGAUUCUGGUGAUAUUUAUGUUGCAGAUUUUGGAAAUGAUCGAAUAAUGCGUUGGAGUGAAGGAGCGAAAGAAGGUGUAAUCGUAAUUGGUGGAAAUGGUUAUGGAAAUGGAUUAAAUCAAUUUAAGAAUCCCACUGGUUUAUCAUUUGAUUUCGAAGGAAAUUUUUAUGUUGCUGAUGAAAAGAAUCAUCGAAUUCAACGCUUUGAUAAAAUUUGA